AUGGCUUCCGAACAGACCCGACCCCACGAAGUCCGUGUCAAGCGAUACGCUGUAUUUGAGUGGUGCUGGCACAAGGACAGAGAAGGCACACCGCUGGGCGAUGGCACAAUAUCUCUACAACCCGGCCAGGACGAAUCACAAGUCCGAGACCAACUUUUACCGAAGAUGCCGGGAUCCUGUCCCGAUUGCUCGAAAGUGAUACAGUCAGUGGUACGAGGCUUCAUUCAAAUGAGAAUUGCGUGCCUGGAUGCGUUCAACGGGUUGGGCCGUAGUAACGAGAUAGAGUCUUUGCUACGAGCCCAUGACGAAGGUCUCGAGGAACUUAAACGACAGUGGACAAAAGAGUGUGAGAGCGCAGCCACCGGACACAGCAACGACGAGCACGUGGACCCUCUGAAGAACUAUCAGGCAAGGGUCGAACGGUUGACUGAAGUUGGGAAUAUCAUUGCCGAUAAGGCGAUUGACCUCGAGAUCCCCACCAGUAUGUGGGCUCAUUCAAUUGCACGACUUGUCGAGUAUAUAAUGACACGACCCCGCCGGCCUCAUUCUGAAAGCAAGGUUUUGGAUCACAUUCGGAAAGUUGUGCCUAAGCUGUUGGAUUUGAAUCAUAGCAACCGCAAGGAGAAAGAUUGGGAGCCUUACUUUGACGAGAUGGUGGAAAAGUGGCUCGUCCAGGGGUCUGAUGCUCUGUAA